AAUAAUAAAGUUUAACAAUAACAUCGUCGUGCAGCGUUCAUGACGUAACGUCGUCCCACUUUCAAUGGAGUUCGCUUAAAAAAAAUUUACCAUAACGUUUACGCGCAUCAGUUUCUGUUAUCUAUUGUCGAUUUUACUGAUUUUAGUAUUUCAUAUCUAGUAAUUAGUUUACGCCCGACGUUAGCGAACGACGGUAGUUGUUUGAGAGUCAAUAAUUAAUUACGUAUUUUAAGAACAUAUUGCUAGCAAACAUUUUACCAUGGACAGAGAUUCAAAAAAAUUAUUCCAUAAAGUUAUAGUUGAUUUAUUAUGCUUAGGUUCAGUUGGAUUUCCUGUAUUGAUGUUUUAUAUGUUUGGCUCUCCAUAUCAAAGAGGAUUCUUCUGUGGCGAUGAAUCUAUUCGAUAUCCAUUCAAAGAAUCAACUGUUUCAUCAAGUAUUUUAUAUACAGUUGGAUUAGGACUACCCACAUUAGUAAUCUUAUUUAUUGAAUAUUCAAUGCGAAACAAUGAACAAUCGCGUUAUUCGUUAUUGGGAACACCUAUUCCUAAUUGGCUGUAUUCCGUAUACAACAAUAUAUUAUGGUUUUUAUUUGGAGCAGCUUGUUCACAACUAACUACAGAUAUUGGUAAAUAUACAAUAGGAAGAUUGAGACCACAUUUUUUAGACAUUUGUAAGCCCGACGUGGACUGUAAUAAUAUCAUAAAUAAAACAAAAUAUAACGAAGAUUUUACAUGCGGCGGAGAAAGGCCCAACAAAUUUACCGAUAGUAGACUAUCAUUUCCUUCUGGGCAUUCUUCAUUAUCGUUUUAUUGUAUGGUCUACUUAGCGUUAUAUUUACAAGCCCGAAUUAAGACAUCUAAAUAUGGAAUGGCAAGAAGCUUAGCUCAAUUUGUGGUUAUUUUGAUGGCAGUGUUUUGUGCACUAUCACGAGUCAGUGAUUAUAAACAUCAUUGGAGUGAUGUAUUGGCUGGAGCAAUUUUGGGAAUUACCACUGCUACUAUAACUGUAAGCCAAAUGAUCAAUUGUAAUAAUAAAAAAAAAAUUUUCAAAAGGAUAAAAUGUAAAGAUUAAUGUGGAAAUUCUUCAAAUUAAACCACUAAAUGUUUUUUUGUAUAAAUACUUAAUUUUUAAAAAAAUACUGUGGUCUUUCAAAAUAAAUAAAUUAAAUUUAUGAUAUUCUUCUAUGUUUUAUGAUAAAAAGGAAAAUUAUGAAUUUAUUUAAAUAAUAUACUAUUAAAUUAGUUUGUAUACCUGUUAGAUUUGUUUACAAUAUGUAUACGUAUAUGAAUUGACGAAGAUGUUUAUGGUAAUAAGACAAUAAAUAUUAUCAAAUUUA